AAGGACAAACAUAAAUCAUUACACAAUCGCGUGACAGAUCCGUCUGAUGCAAUUCUAAGACACAAGAAAACAUUAUCGAUUGAAUCUUAAGACUGACACUCUGAUAAAAUUCGUGUCCAAGACAUCUGAAAGUUAUAUUCGGAUAAAAACGCAGUUUUUCCAAGAUCACGUGAGCAAAAAGCCCACAUUCCAUAUCUCGUGACGUCACAUUUCAGCGGCCAUUUUCUUGAAAGCAAGAACACGUUCGGAUAUCUUCUAUCAUAUUUUGUGCAUUUCUCGCCACUUGAGCGAGUUUUUAUUCAUACAAGACAUUCAAUGUGCGACGUUAACGCUUUUGGGUGUGAGUUGGAGCAUCCAUAUAUGGAGUUUGUACAAGGAACCGGAGACUACUGCCAGGCACAGCACGAGUAAUUUACUGAGGUGAAGAAUCGCGGCGUAACAUAGUGAACGACCUUGACCUUCCAUAACUUAAGGUGCUCUUGGGAAAAAUUCCAGAAAUUAGUUGGAACUGGGUUAGUCACGGAGAUCAUCCCAGGCCCCGAAUAAUUCUAUUUGAAUGGGGUAAAUCAAAGCGACAGAACAACAUUUCAAUAUUGUUGAACUUUGACCCUCGUGUCUUUCAACUAGAUAGCAUCGUCAUAGUAACAGAAAUAAGGUGUUCAAGUAACUAGCGUAUAUAUUAUAUAAUAUCUGGAAUAUAUUUUAAAAGUUGGUGUCGUUUGGAUCAUACGUGUGAUAGUAGUGUUUAAUCGUGAUUUCGUGUACCUGUGACCUCAUUUUGAAUUUAGAAAUUCAUGUUCAUUUUUAUAUAACUCAUUGCGUUCAUUUCCUUAGAAGCUAUUUUUGUAAAUUCUAAUUUGUGCCUGAAUUAACUCCCUUUAGAUAGACACUGUUCUUUCCCUUGACAGACAUUACUGGUAAUAAUAGAGUGAUCUUCCCUUUGUUUCAUUACCUCUGAGUAAUUACCUCUUAGACUGUAACAGUUCUCUCCCUUGAGUGUAUCUAGAGUUCUUUCCCUUUGUGUACGUAUAUAGUAUUAUGACAGCAAUGAAGGCUCGACGACCAGAACCAGCUGAAAUAGAAUAUAAAAACAUGAGAUUCCUCAUCAUGGAUCGUCCAACAGAUUCUACUAUUGAUAAAUUCAUUGAGGAACUACACAAACGUGGUGUAAAAGAUGUAGUGAGAGUCUGUGAACCAACUUAUACUUUAAAUAAACUAGAACAGGAGGGCAUUCGUGUUCUGGAUUGGCAAUUUGAUGAUGGCAGCCCACCGCCAGCCUCGGUGGUAGAUGAUUGGUUUAAUCUAUUGAAGACUAGAUUCCGAGAAGAACCAGGUAGUUGUGUAGCUGUACACUGUGUGGCUGGCCUGGGAAGGGCACCAGUUCUUGUGGCUUUAGCUUUAAUGGAGAGUGGGAUGAAGUAUGAAGAUGCUGUAGAACUCAUUCGAGGAAAGCGUAGAGGAGCCAUUAAUGCAAAGCAAUUGUCAUUCCUUGAGCAUUACCGUCCCAAAGCCAGACUUAAACUCAAAAAUAACGGACAUAAAUCAUGUAUAGUCAUGUGACUCUUUUAUUUUAUUUUGAUUGGCUGAUUUUUAACCUAGCGCUCAAACUGUGAUUUCUGAUUCAGGUUUUAGUAAAUAGCAUUCAACAGGGAUGUUGAUUUUAGUUAAAUUUGCCAGUCAUGUCUGGAUGGAGCUUUAAAUGAUAUCUUUAUGACGUCAACGCUAAAAUUUUAUAAUUUUGCCAAUGCUGAUGUGUUGGUGAAGACAAUUUCGAAUCAACAUCCCUUGAAAUGGCCUUACUGCCAUUGGCUUUCUCAUUUGCAUCAAUAUUUGCUAAAAGCUGUGUUCCAAACACCAAUUUUUGAAGCGUCCAGUCCAGUUUGACCGCUAACUAACUACAUGUGUGUUAAAAUGAAUCCCUUUGUCAGCCAAUAGAAAGCCUUGUUUUUAAAUUUUUCUGAUAUCCAAUCGGUGUUUAAUGUUAUUUUUGUUCAACCAAUCAGAUGCUUUGUUUCAUUUAAUUAAUUUUCUAUAAUGAAAUUUCUCGAAUUUAAUGUGUGUAAAUUUUUGUGGAUUUUCUUUUUCUGCGUUAUAUUUUUUGGAUGAAAUUAUUAUCAACUAUUUGAAUGUUGUCAGUCAAAUUCUGAAAACUCUUGAUAACUUUCUUCAAAAUGUUUCUGUUAUUGAAAUUUCUGGUCAAUGAACUUCAAUGCUCAAUUUACUAUUGUCUAAAUAAUACAAAAACUUCUAUACAAUUUCAACAGCAUGAAUUUAACAACUUUACCUGCCAAAUUUCCCAUUUGUGCUUACUUAGUUGUAGUGUAUUAAAUAUAUUUUGGCAUAAUCAGUUGCGUAUUUGAAUUUGAAAUUAUGGAUAUUCAGAAACUGUUGUACGCGAUUUGAAUAUUCAAAAAGAAUUAGACAACUGUUCUUACCAAAAUAUUUAUACAGUGUUAAGUGAGCAAAUGCAAUCAAAUGAUAUUUUGGCAUCAAUUGCUGUCUAUAAACCCGGUAAUUCAUUGAAAUUGAUGAUAAUUGAAAUUAGUGCUUAUUUUAUUGAUAAAACCUAUCUUUUGUUUGAAUUGUAUUAAGAAAACUUCUUGGAAUUAUCAGGAAUAAUAGAACAAACUUACAGACUUCUUAGUCAAAGAAAAUGCAAUUCUGGUUCCAAAUUGAUAAAGUUUUGACUUUUCAAGUUCUUCAAUUAAAGAGUUGUUUUUGUUUUUAUUGAAAUAUUGUAAGGAGUUAUUGCCCUUGCCCUAUAAUUGUAUAUAGUUAGGGUUUUGCUGUUAUGGAAUUUCAUUUUUGCAUGUAUAUUUAUUUUAGGAUGGUAUAAUUAAAUUCAGAUAUAAUAUGUUGGAAAAGGGAAUUUCUAGGCUUUGGGGAAUAUUUUAAGUCAAUAAAAUUUCUACAGCUUAAAAUUCAGCUGGUAAUAAUCAAGCUUUAUAAUUAAGCUUUUCCAAGCUUCAUUCUUUAACUGUGUUACUAGUUAUACUUGUUUCAAGCUAAAGAAUUGAGAUCAAAUUCAGCAGGAUUCGAACACUAUGGCGCUAUGUUUUGUUCAAUGCUGGAAUAAAUAACCGUAGUUUUUAUCUAAUUUUUUCUUUCUUUGUUUUUAAAAGUUUUGGUGUAUUUCUAUCAAGCUGUCUGUCACAAAAUUAAAAUCUGUAUUUUUAUGUAUAUUUAGCCAAAUGAAAUUUAAUGUUCUGUACG